AUGUCAAGAAGGCAGUACGCUCCCACGUCGUCAAAUCAUACGACAAGUACGCGGGACUCACGGAGGAGUGAUGAGUCAUAUGACCAGUACUCUUAUGAUUCUCGGAGUACCGCACCAAGUUCACUUUACGACAACUUAGGCUCUACUAAGGCCUCCAGUGCAAGAAAUCCUAAGCACUAUACAGAACGUUACAAUGAGGAUCUUUCGCCAUCGACAAGCCUGUGCCCAAGGUCAUCGGUAGAAACAUACUCGUCAAAAGCUUCAGCCGAUGAGAUCGAAGACACGGAGAUUGUUGAUAUAGUGGAUGAUACGGAAGUGCCUCCUCUACCAAUAUAUCGCCAUGAAAUCACAGACUCCAAUGUGCGACCUUCAUCAGCUCAAGAUUUUGCGGCCUUAUUCCCUAGCAUGAAUCGUCUUUCCAUCAGGCACGAUGACUUUACAUCGGACGGGAAUAUGAAUCUGCGAGUAGAUACGAUAGUCUCAGGGAGACGCAGAAGGACGGUUCAACUUUUCCAUUUGCGAAUGUACGACCUGAACAAGCGCGAGUUCUCUCUGCGGAGGUACUGUAGAGACUCCGGAAGAGAAGUUUGUAAUUCCAAACGCAAAUACACAGAGCCAGGAAAUCAAAGUCGACCAACCCUGCAGCGCUCCGUGUCUUCCGCUAUGAAAUCAUUCACGAAGCCACAACUGAAAAGAACCCCAACGGGCGGUUCAGUGUUCUCGACCAAGAGCAGGCCAGAAACGAGUCACUCGGCCAAUGCAGAUACCGAAUUCAGCGACAUAUUCAGCCAAGGUCUCUCCUUGGGGAAGAUCACGAAGCCGCGUCAGACCGCAACAAACUCCAUCAAGCUUGAGUUCUCAAAUUAUGCCCGGGUGGAUGUUGAGCGCUGUGGGAGUAAAGGAUCGAAGCGGUACGAAUUCGCCUGGUGGGGUCAUGACUACAUAUGGAAAAGGGUCACCGACAAGUUGACCGGUGUGGUGUCCUUCCAUCUCUUCCGCGACGGUCCACAUUCGGCCCCAGUGGCCCACAUUGUCCCCGAGACGCGAUCUCCGAACCAAGUUGCGUCGGAUGAAAACGCUGGCGGGUGGGUGCCUCCCUGUCACAUGUGGUUAAGCGACAAGGACCUCAUCGACGCCGCAACGGAUGUUGCAGAUAUUGUAGUUGCAACUGGUUUGAUGGCUCUUGUCGACGAUUGCAUCAAGCAACGUUGGUCCACCAAGCACACACGCCAACAACGUAUCACUCUCCCCAAGAGAUCCAAGACCCUCGACUACGACGACCAUGCCAGACCCAGGUCCCUCGUACACAAAUUAUUCUCUCGCCGCCAUUCGGACCACUCAAGUCCUUUGCAAAAGACCCGCCAUCCAGUUGUAGCUUACUAA